UGACGUUAUCGUCACGGUGAUCAUUCAAACGUCAGAACCACAGCAUAACAGUACAGAGAACUUUGUCAAAUAUUUGAAAUAAAAUGGAAUUCGCAGAAUUCAUCUAAACACAAAAGGAAUGGCUCUGUUAAGAUUAAACCAGAAAGAUCGUGAAAUGGCUUCAAGCCUUGCUCGCCAACAAAAGUUUGCCGCCGGCCAGUCACAACUUAAUCAUCAUAUCAACUGUGUACUACUACAAGCGUCGUUAAGAAGACCAUCUGUUUCAUUUGCACCAGUACAACAAUCUGGUGCUGGAGACCCUGGAAGCAAUAAAAUAAAGUCAUCAACGAUUCUAGGCGCGUCAACAGCCUCAUCAAAAAUGGUGUGUUCUAAAUUCACGCUUGCGAACAAGAUUUCAAAAGGGUCAGCAAUAAUGAAAUCAACAGGUUCAACGUGGAUGUGUAAAUCGCCAAAAUAUGAUGAAAAGGGCUUUCCAAAUCACGUGAACGAUGCCAUUGAUACAAGUAUUAUGAGGUUGGUACCAGAUUAUGAUUUUGAAAUUCCUACAGAACCAGAAUUUGAAAUUCUUAUCAAAAGUGCCCAUCCAAAACCCGAACCAGAUAACACUUUGCCUGGUGAUGAUGUAAAAGCAUGCUUUGAAAAUGAAACCAAUGAAGAAAACGUUAAUACUGUUACAGAUAUCGACGAAGUAUAUGACAUUGGUUGGUUUUUUGAGAUCUGCAACCAACAAAAGCAGAAAGAUGCUGACGAAGUUUAUGACAUUGGUUUGUUCUUUGACGUCUGCAAUCAAAUAAAAAAGAAAGUUGUUGACGAGGUAUAUGACAUUGGCUUGUUCUUUGAGGCCUGCAACCAAACAGAGAAGACAGAUGUCGACGAAGUUUACGACAUUGGUUUGUUCUUUGACGUCUGCAAUCAAAUAAAAAAGAAAGUUGUUGACGAGGUAUAUGACAUUGGUUUGUUCUUUGAGGCCUGCAACCAAACAGAGAAGACAGAUGUCGACGAAGUUUAUGACAUUGGUUUGUUCUUUGAGGUCUGCAACCAAAUAAAGAAGGAAAAUGUUGAUGAAGUUUAUGAUAUUGGUUUGUUCUUUGAAGUCUGCAAGGAAAAAAAGAAGGAAGAUAUCGAUGAAGUUUAUGAUAUUGGUUUGUUCUUUGAAGUCUGCAACCAAAUAAGGAAGGAAGGCACAGACGAAGUUUAUGAUAUUGGUUUGUUCUUUGACGUCUGCAACCAAAUAAAGAAGGAAGAUAUCGACGAAGUUUAUGAUAUUGGUUUGUUCUUGGAGGUCUGCAACCAAAUAAAGAAUGAAGAUAUCGAUGAAGAUUAUGAUAUUGAUUUGUUCUUUGAAGUCUGCAACCAAAUAAAGAAGGAAGAUAUCGACGAAGUUUAUGAUAUUGGUUUGUUCUUGGAGGUCUGCAACCAAAUAAAGAAUGAAGAUAUCGAUGAAGAUUAUGAUAUUGGUUUGUUCUUUGAAGUCUGCAACCAAAUAAAGAAGGAAGAUAUCGACGAAGUUAAUGAUAUUGGUUUGUUCUUUGAAGUCUGCAACCAAAUAAAGAAGGGAGAUAUUGACGAAGUUUAUGAUAUUGGUUUGUUCUUUGAAGUCUGUGAGCAGUUGAAGAAGGAAGAUAUCGACGACGUGUUUAACAUUGGCUCCUUUUUUGAAGCCUGUGACAUAAUUAAAACGAAAGAGUUUGAAAAUGAAAUGGUCUCAAUUUUGGACCCGAAUAAUCACAAGAACGACGAAGAAGAGAUACACAUUGCACCCUUACAUCGACUCGAUGAAAACAUGGACUUUGAUGGGGAUAUGUUCGGAAUUCUAGGAGUGUUUUGUAGGAGUGGAUUACAUUUUCUGGGCAGCGGAGUCCAAGAAAGCAGCGCAUAAAUCGAGCAUACAUUUAUAUUCAUAUAACAUUUUUGUUGUUGAAAUUAUUAUUAACCAUGACAUUCAUAUAAAAAGGAAUACGAAUAUUUUUGUUAAACAAAAAAAGUGUUCGGUUAUU